UGUAAUUAAGUAUAAUGAGAAAUCGUCGUUUAGAGAAAACGCUCAUGUGUUGGCUGAGCUGUUGAAAAAGCUUCUGCGUCGCCCAUCUGUCUCGGAGCGCUGCUAUUAUUACACCAAGGGCCAUUAUUCUUAAAUCUGACCGCUGUUUUGCUUACAUCGUGUUAUUAUAGCACGCAUUUUAUUUUAAUUUGUAGACGAUCUGAUUGCGCCGCUGAUUCAGCUGGAAGAGAUUGCAUUCACAUCCAGGUUGUGAAUUAUAUCACUCAAAACGGCAUUAAAAUGAGUGAACAGAGCAUUUGCCAGGCCCGGGCCUCUGUGAUGAUCUACGAUGACACCAGUAAGAAGUGGGUGCCCAUCAAGCCAGGCCAACAGGGCUUCAGUCGCAUCAACAUCUACCACAACACUGCAAACAACACCUUCCGUGUGGUGGGGGUCAAACUGCAGGACCAGCAGGUUGUGAUAAAUUACUCAAUAGUGAAGGGUCUGAAAUAUAACCAGGCCACCCCGACGUUCCACCAGUGGCGUGAUGCCAGGCAAGUCUAUGGACUGAACUUUGCCAGUAAAGAGGAGGCCACUACGUUCUCGACUGCCAUGCUUUUCGCCCUCAAUGUGCUUAGCUCACAGGAUGCAGGUCCUGCUGGUCAGCGGCAAAAUGGACCGGCGACUGAUGACACAGAAGCACAAAGGAGACACAUGAUGGAACAGCACCAAAUGCAGAUCGAAAGGGAGCGACGAACAUCUGGCUCAGCAGUCUCCACCCUUCAGUUUAAGGUGUCCACCUCUCAGUCUGACACCCUGCCACCAGAAUACAAGCAGUACCGUGCCAACACUCUCCCCUCCUAUGCCCGCCUUGCACCUUCUCCCCCUUCCUCCUCAGGCUCCUCCCCGUCCUUGCAGGAGCAAGCGGGCAUCUCUCAUGCAGCAGACUCCUCUCAGAAAAAGACUCAGCAGCUUUCUCAGCUUUCUACCUCCCUGGCCUCUGCCUUCUCCCCUGUGCAUCCAGGGGCCACUCUGCCAUCCAGAAACGUGCGUCAGAUCCCGCUGUCUCCCCCUACUUCCCGCCAGAUUGACCCCAAACAUGCCAGGUGGUCCUCCACUCACAUGCAUGCCCCCGUACACACCUCGGUGGCCAUCCCCAAGCCAGUCAAGACUGUCAGCCUACCUCUAGUGCCCCACAACAACGGCUCACCCAAAGUCCCCACUAAUACUAACAACCAGUCAGAAAACUGUUACCUUUUCGUCCCCACCCACAAUGCUCAAGGCCACGCCCACCUACAACAAAUUGCUCCUCCUUUCCACCCAGAGCGGCAGUAUCAUGGCACACCUCCCUCUUAUAGUUCUUUGUUACCAGAGCCCGCACCCGCUCGUGUCUCUCAGGCUGCCACAACACCCAGCACAGGUCCACCCGUCCCUCCAGGACACCCAUCCAUGAUCUCUGCGACUCCCCCUCUUCAUUCCUCUGCUCCUGUUCCCUUGGUGGGUCCUCCAGCUCCUCCGCCCCCGCCUGGACCUCCUCCACCUGUCGCAGCACCUCCUCCGAACCCACCUUCUGUACUUGCUCCAUCGGGUCUGGCUGCAGCUCUGGCUGGGGCGAAACUGCGCAAAGUGCAGAGGCAGCCUGAGGAGAGCUCUGCAGGCAUGGGCAACGCCAAGAAUGAUGCUAGCCGCUCCAGCGGAGGCAGUGGGGGAGGAGGAGAGGGCCUUAUGCAGGAGAUGAAUGCCCUUCUAGCAAGAAGGAGGAAAGCUUCAGAAAAACCGGAAGAGAGUCAAAAUGAAGAGUCCAAUGGCUCCCCGGCCUCACGUGGCUCAGAUGGUUUGAAGAAGCCAUGGGAGCGGGCAAAUUCUUCAGACAAAUCAUCUGCCGCCUCAAGGUUGAGGCCUAUUGGCAGCACCAGCGAUGCAGAGACAGGAGACUUUGACAGAAUGAAACAGGAAAUCUUGGAAGAGGUUGUACGUGAAUUGCAUAAAGUCAAAGACGAGAUCAUUGAUGCCAUUAGAAGAGAACUUACUAGAAUGGGUGCUACAUAGUGUUUACAAGCAUGAGAACAUCUUUGGAAGGCUCCUAGAAGAAGUGCUGUAAAGAUCCUGUGACGCGUUUGAAGAACGUUUUGACAACAUAGCUGCAACAGCAUGGAAAAUUUGCUGUGAGGUUGCAGGAAUGUUGCAACAACCACAAAAUUAAAGAAAGGAGCAAAAGAAAGCUGAGAAAUGGAAGUGAGAUGGAGUAUUUGUAUGCAGGAGAGAAUGGCUUGAUGAAUGGUUGAAUGAAUGAAUGGAUGGAUGGAUGGACCUUCACACUGAAUUUUCUAUUUCCUCCUGUAUGAACAUUAAAAGACUCCGCCCACUGUGCAGUCUGCUGCUCCCAGUCUUUCAAGUCUUAAAAAGAAAGUUGACUAGUUGGACCUUGAUGGAUUUAUUUUUGUUUUAUACUGCUUUGUUGUUUAAUUACUAUGAUUGAUGAAAUAUUAAUAGUGGUAUAGAAAGAGAAUUACAAAAUUGCUUGCCUUUUGUGUCAGUCUUUUGUAUUUUAUUACUAUGUUCAUUCUUCAGUUUGUAAUAAGCACAUUCAGCACAUUUUGUGCUCAUCUGUCUCCAAACCACACCAGUUUUCAUCUUUUUUUGCCAAUACAAAUGUUCACUGUAUUUUUUUUAAAUCUUGAAUUCAAACUGAUGGUGUGAGGUCACUGAUGAUGGGUAUGAGAGAUGUAUCUGUAGCUAAAGCCCUGUGAUAUGACAGUUUUUGGUUGAAAUGUUGAGUCCUAAAUUAUUUCCUAUCGGGUUGAUCAUUGAAACAUUGAAAGACCUUUGAAUAAAACUAAGACCACUGAA